GGUGACGCGCGUUCUAAACCUAGAUCAAAUAUUCUGUUUUUAUAACGUUGCGAUGAUUUAAAUGUGAGCUGAAAGAUGUUGUAAAUUUAUUUUAUGAAUAAGUUUAUUUAUAUUCGAAGUACUUGUUAAAACUUUAAGUGUGUACGCGGACGUGUAAUCACCGCAGAUGUUGAAAUAAAACGUAAUAACAUGAUAAUAUAUUUGGUGUACUUUUAAAUGAUGUCAUGUUACACUGAAUAAGUUGUUCAGUGAUAAUUUAAGAAAACACAAUAGCGGUAAUAAAUUAUUAAUAUGGCGGGAAAGGUUACCUCUCGUAAAAGUAAGGCUAAGUUAGACGACGCCAUUGCAUUGAAUGGUGAAGCUCAAGAAACUUCUGAAUCUAAUGAAUCGGCGAACCAAAUGAUUACGGAGAAAAAUGAAAGUGAUAAUCCCGACUCAAAUAGUGUCGUCGAGGAGGCUAGUUCCAGUGAAGAAGUUAUCAGCAAUUCAAAAAAUCUUAAGAGAAAGGCAUCAGAAUCGUUAGAGGAAGCUAUUGAUACAAAUGAAGUAGAAGUGCCUAGUCAAGAUGACAAACAAGUUUCAGAUACUGAGCCGCUUAAUGAUUCAUCUGUUGAUGGACAUACUCGAAAAAGUGGAAGGAAAGUUCGCCCAAAGAAACCUAAAACAGCUUAUGAUGAUGAAUCACCAGCUCCCAAAUCAGCGACUGAUAAAGUGGUUAUAAAGCAAGAACCAGAGGAUGAGGAGAUGGUGCCAGAUACGGUUGAUGCAACCAGAAGACCAUCUUCUCAAAUGUCCAUAAAAUCAGAUGAUGGAACUGGUACAGAUUCUCCUGCUCAGAAUAAGGCCAAAUCAAAAACGGAUUUGUCUAAUCCAUUGCUUAGAGAACCUAUGGCUUUAGGCUGGAAACGAGAACUAGUAUUUAGAGCCACUCUUGAUAGUAAAAACAGACGUCAAGGGGAUAUCUAUUAUUACACACCAUCUGGAAAAAAGCUACGAUCCACUCGUGAAAUAGCAGACCAUUUGAGUGAUGGAUUAACUAUGGAAAAUUUUUCUUUUGCAAAGGAACCCAUUGGUCUAAAUGAUCCUUCGAAGGAGAUCAUACGCGAUGCUCGAAAUAUUAAAGGGAGGGGAAGUUUAUCUUCAAGGGCAGAUUCACCUACAACUCCUGUUGCACCGCCUAGUAGUACCUCCUCCAUAGGUAAACGAACACCUAAACCCAAAUUGCCAAAAGGAGUCAGUCCUCCUCCUACACCUGCAAUGAAGCAAGAAGUUGUCACUCCUACUCCCGAACCGGAACCUAAAGUAUCUCCAAAAAAAUCACCGAAGUCUUCAUUUAAGGUUAAACUUACAAAUGCCCGACUUUCAAGUCCAGCUUCAAAAACGUUGGGUAUAAAACAUGCAAAGUCAUUGAAAAGGAAGUCUUUGCCAGCUACAAAUGAGAAACCUGUUAAACAAUCUGUUGAGAAAUCAGAAAAACCAAAAAAGCUGUCCACAGGGAAAAAAGCAUCAGUUAAAAAUACUGUACGUAGCAGCACUGAUGUGAUAGUGGAAACUAAGAAAAAAGAAGUUGAAAAUAGAUUGGAUACGUUACUUGUGCAAUCUUCAACAAAUCCUGUCAAAGACCAAUGUUCAAUUCAAUGUCUGAAGGCUAUGGGCAUGAUACCAACACUUCAAUGCCAGCAAUGUCUCUGUUUGUAUCAUUACGAAUGUAUUGGUAUAAAGAAAGAAGAUCAAUUGAACUCUUUUAAAUGCAUGAAAUGUAUUGAAAAGGCAGCAGAAGAUACUGCAACUGUGGUGACUGAUAAUAUUCAUUCAACUAACAAACCCGCUCCUCCUCCACUCACUCCUAUUACAUCAAUCAAGUCGCACCUUCCUGCAUCUGAUUCACCUCCAAAAUUGCAGCGCAUACCACGGCCUGGUGAUAAAAAUCUUAACCCUAAGUUAAUAGCAGAUAAUAAAAAUGUAACUACAACAGAUGUUCCUAAAUCUAAUAAUAUACUACAGCCUUCCGAUAAAAAAUUUGAUGAUGGACAUAAAAGUUUGUUGGGUUCAGUUACAACUUGGUUACCACCAAGUUCUAGCAUCCAAAUGUCAAAAUCUCAAACAAUCACUGAAACUAAUCCCACUGCUUGUACCCAAGGUAUUGCGCAUUGUGCAGGCAAAAAGUAUAUAGUGGUACCAAAGCACAAUGUGCUUAGUGUUUUUCCUGCCCAAAUAGUGGAUAAUGGUGAUAUGAAAAUUACUGAGAAUGCUUUAAGUGGUAUAAGUAUUACUACCGUAUCCUCAUCAAAUUUAAACAUUCCACAUCAAAUAAAAGAUCCUAUAACAAAUAUUUCUAAGGUGGUGAAUUCAGAUAAUGUUCCAAAUCCAAUACCUGAUAAUAAUAUUCCCUCUAAUUUGCUUAACAAUAAUGGGAAUGCCUCCGUAGAUGAUUGUGGUUUUAGUCACACUGAUAAUACAUCUGCGGAUGAAAAUUCUUCAAAGAAAAAGGUACCGCAUGAGACUGGACCCUCUGCGGAUCCGGAAAGGUCUUCAAAUAAGGCAGUUUCGAAUUCUGAGGAUGAACAAAAAUCGACAGAUUCUGAUAAACAGGUUACUCUGUCACAUGCACCAUUUGUUCAACAUUUCUGUUUGAAUGUGUCAGCAGGAUAUUUUGCUUUAUUGAAGAUCUUUCAAUAUUUAAAAGUGCAGGAAUUACUCCGAGCAAGUCGUGUUUGUCGAUUAUGGUAUGAAAUGUCUAACAGCCCAUCAUUAUGGAAGACUGUGAGAAUGAAAAAUUCUCAAGUGGGAGACUGGCACGGUUUUGCUAAAUCUCUUCAGAAACAUCAAACAAAAUUUUUAGAUUUACGUAAAAUGCUCAUUCCCGCUUCUGUUAAUCCUGAUGAUAUGUGGAAACAGUUUUCGGACAACAUAGGUCUAGCUGAUUCCCUUAUUUCAAUAGAUUUUUGUAGAUGUCCUGCAAGAAUUAUAGAAAAACUGUGUGAGACAAAUCCCAAAAUGGAAACAAUAAAUGCAGUCACUAUUAGAGAUGAUAAAUUAGAUUUAGCACCAUUUGCUACUCUUAAAAAUUUACAUGAAUUGCGAUUAAAAUCUUCUGGAGGAUUUGAAAUUCAGAAGGACUUGUCACCUUUAAAAGAUUUAAAAAAUUUGAGGCAUUUAUCAAUAACAUCUGUUAAAGAAUUGGGAAAAUAUGGCUGUGACACAAUAGCAGAACUGGUAGAACUUCAGUCACUUGAGUUAGGAGAAUGUAAUGAUUUUCCAGAAGAUUUUGGUUCUAAUGUGUUAAAUAAGCUACAAAAAUUAGAACGGCUUAGGUUGGAGAAAGGUCAAGGCAAUUGCCACACAUUCAGCAUAUUGGAAUGUGUUAGUAAACUCCCUUCUAUAACACAAUUAGAACUUGUUAAUUUUGACAUUAAAACUGGAUUUGAUAAGAGUUUAGCAUUAUGCAAAAAUAUUAAAAGAAUGCUUAUAAUUCCGACAUAUAUUACUCAGUCAGCUACAACUAAUCAUAUGGUUCUAAGCGGAGUAAUUAAGUUGUCCUCAAGUCUAACUCAGUUUGUUUGGGGUGUAACAUUGGAGCUGUUGAGAGUAACUGAGCUUUUUGUAGACCAAUAUGAGAACAGCAAAAUUAAAGACAAGAAACCUCUAGCAGAAUCAAUACCUGUUUUAAAGCCUGUUCCGAGUUUAUUGCAACAGAAUGAAGAAAAAGUAGAGGAAGGUGGCAAUGCAGCAGAGGCCCCACAAGUUGAAAUUUUAACAUUACAGGCAUUACAAAAAUUAUUGAAUGGUUCACUUCCUCAAACAAAAGUUCGAAUCUUAAAGAUACCUUUUCACGCAUCGUGGAGGCAAAGCAUUUCUGACACACAGUAAAGUUCUAUUUUAAAUCAAAUUUUUGGAAUGAUAUUUUUGGGUCUUUCUGCCUUCGUCACUAUAUUUUGCAUUAUUUUGUGAUUGAGGACUAUCAAAUGUAUAUAUGCAAA